CAAACAAUAAUUAUGAGAUAAAAAAAAGGGUUUUUUCUUUUGUAAAAUAUGAAAUAUCACGGCGCACAAUAGGUAUUUCCUUUGCUCCCUCUCCCUCCGUUUAUUUGUCUGAUCAACAGAGAAGAACAGAGGAGAAAAGAAGGAGCUUUCUUUAGCUGCCCUUUACCAGAUGGCUAGAUGGGAUCAGAUUCUGUCCCUUCCCGUACAAAAUCCACCGACCUUGGAGUUCUCUGCUGCUGAUCUUGUAUGGUCAAAGGUGGAAGGUUGGCGUGACAAUAUAGAUAGAGUUGCUCUAAUCCCCUUUGCUAGAGUAGAUGACUUUGUUAGAGGUGAAUCCGCAAACAAAGACUGUCCAACAAGAUUUCAUGUUGAAGCAAGAAGGCGGAGGCCUCCAAAGGCACCUUACAAGCCAAAGGUUGACGGUAUUCUUGAAUAUAUUCUGUAUUGGUGUUCAUUUGGUCCUGAUGACCAUAGGAAAGGGGGCAUUGUACGACCCAGCAGGAAUACAUAUAUCCCUAAGAAGACAAAUGCUGGUCGACCUAACACAAAAAGAGGAUGCACCUGUCACUUUAUUGUGAAACGCUUAAUUGCUGAGCCGACAGUAGCUCUCAUAAUAUAUAACCAAGAAAAGCAUGUAGAUAAGAAAGGGUUGCCAUGCCAUGGGCCGCAGGACAAAAAGGCUGCUGGAACACGUGCUAUGUUUGCACCGUACAUCUCAGAGGAUCUCCGCCUCCGCGUGCUCUCUUUACUGUAUGUGGGUGUCUCUGUGGAAACCAUAAUGCAGCGGCACAAUGAGUCUGUAGAGAAACAGGGUGGUCCAUACAACCGUGAUGACCUUUUAACCCACAGGUAUGUUCGAAGACAGGAGAGGAGCAUUAGACGUUCUACAUAUGAGUUGGAUGCAGAUGAUGCAGUCAGUGUAAACAUGUGGGUUGAAAGCCACCAGAAUCAUGUAUUUUUUUAUGAAGAUUUCACUGAUUCAGACCCUUUUACCUUGGGCAUUCAAACAGAGUGGCAGUUGCAACAAAUGAUUCGAUUUGGAAAUUGCAGCCUCAUUGCCUCUGACUCAAGGUUUGGAACAAAUAAACUGAAGUAUCCUGUUCACAGUCUCAUUGUCUUCAAUUCAGACAAGAAAGCUAUCCCAGUAGCUUGGAUUAUAACACCAAGAUUUGCUAGUGUGGAUGCCCAUAGAUGGAUGAGGGCUCUAUACAAUAGAGUUCGCACAAAAGAUCCUACUUGGAAGUUGGCUGGGUUUAUUGUGGAUGAUCCUUCAGUUGAUGUCCUUACAAUCAGGGAUGUUUUUGAGUGUUCUGUAUUGAUAUCCUUUUGGCGGGUCCGCCAUGCAUGGCAUAAAAACUUAUUGAAGAGAUGUUCAGAGACAGAGAUGCGUGUUGAGAUAUCAAGACGACUUGGAAUGGCAUUUGAUGACAUUUCCAGAAGAUGUGGAAAUGUUGAUUUGUUUGAGAAAUUCAUGGAAGAUUUUGUUGAUUGCUUGGAUUUUAUGGAUUAUUUCAAAGCAAUCUGGUACCCUAGAAUAGGGGCUUGGAUCUCUGCACUUGGAACUCUUCCACUUGCUAGCUUGGAGACUUGUGCAGCGAUGGAAUUUUACCACAAUCAACUGAAGCUCCGGCUGUUAAAUGAGAAGGAUCCUUCUGUCUACCAACGCACUGAUUGGCUGGUUAAUAAGUUGGGUACAAAAGUGCAUUCGUACUUUUGGCUGGAUGAAUACUCGGGGAAAGAUGAUUUUGCACGAUACUGGAAGGAUGAGUGGAUGAGUGGUUUAACGUCUUGGCGUAAGGCAUUGAAGAUUCCAGAUUCUGAUGUUGCCAUUGAAGGGCAAUGUGCAAAAGUGACUGACCAGCUUGAUCGAGAUAGAGUUUAUGUCGUUUGGAACCCUGGCUCACAGUAUGGUAUUUGUGAUUGUACUUGGGCAGAAAUGGGCUAUCUGUGUGAGCAUGUGUUCAAGGUAAUAAAGGUCUUUCAUGAGAAAGGGUCUAUUUUGCCAUCUGUCAGCCUAUUUCAGUACAACAAGGCUUUGAUUGACAUGCUACAUUGCCCGCCCCAUGAUUCCUUGAUCCGUGAUCAUGCUGUUUCUUUAGCAAUCUAUGUACAGAAACAGUUAAAUUCACUAGUUGAUCCUAUUCAGAAACAAGCCAAGGAUUCUAGUCAGGAUGCAAGUGCAACGGUGGUUUCUGCAAAACAAAAUAGAGGAUUAGUUGACGAGGGUCCUUGUGUAAAUGGGAUCAUAUCAUCUAAUCAUGAAAAUGGUUAUGCAGAUUGCUCUGAGGCUCCUGUUAGUAUUGCAAGUGAUUUGGGUAGUGAAUCAGUUGAUGGGUUAGUUGGUAUAAAUGGCAUUUGUGGUAAGGCUGCUGGAGAAGGAAUAUCUGGUUCUGAGAUGGAUGUUGACCCACCCUCCUGUAUUUCUCCACCUGAAUUACCAUCUCUUAAUGAGGUUGUAGCUGGUAAUGUCUUUUCAGAGCAUGGAGAUAGUGAUUUAAUUAACAAUGUCCCUAAUAUGAAAAGCAAAGUACCUCCAAAAGAUAAUGCUUUAAGAGAUGAAAGUGGAUGCGAAGAAGAUAUCUUUAACAAAAAUUGCCAUGAAAGUGUGAUGGCUGCAGAGCUACAACCAGAUGAGAUACCUCAAACAAGACAGCUUUUGAAGCCAUGCACAGCAACUCAUCAGGAUGGUUUCGGUAGCAAGAGUAGUGAACCUUCAGUGGCAUCCAAGUCCACUCCUGAGAAAGGCACCCCAUCCAUGUCUGUUACUGUUGAGCCACAAGUGCUUGAUAUGGCUGAAGCUUCAGGAGCUCUCAAUCUGGAUAUCUCAAUGGCAUCAGAAAGUGAGAAUGAGAUCACAGAUAAGAAUCAUUCCACUGAUACUGCUCUCCUGUCAGAUGGAGAUCAUGGUAAUUUGGGAAUUGUUGGUGAUCUUGGUGAUGAAGCAAAGGCACUAGACAGCUGUAUGGCUGAACACCCAGAAACUUUGACAAAUCAUUCAAAAAUGAUGAAUUAUGGUGACAGUGAACCAGCUUCUGAAGUUGCAGCUCAAGAAACUGAUGAUUCUGGUGAGAAGAAAUUUCUUGGUGACAUAACUUCAACAACUGAAUCUGAACCUCAAAAGAGCGUUGAAGAUGGAAGAUGUGGUAAUAAGGAGAUUUGCGAACAGGUGACUAAUCAUCAGAAUGGUGCUGUUGCUGUGGGAAUUGUUUCAGAAGAGGCUGCUAAUGACUCUGCAAUCAGUGCUGGCUCUGACAAACAAUAGACAGAUGCAAUUCCUUAUUUCUUUGUGUACAUACACAAUGAAUUUAAUUGUAAUUUUGGGAUUCAGCCAGUUGCUCUUGAAAUUAAUAGCAUAACCAGCCAACAAAAAAUUAUCUAGCAUUGCCCAUAUAGAUUUCCACAUUGCUGCCAAAAGUGGAUCAUCUGUGGUAACUGUUGAGAAGCUAUUGAUGAGAAAUGUUUAAAAUCUUA